CGUUCUUGAGCCAGAGGCGCCGCAGCUCCUCGUCCUUCGGGAAGGUGUAGAAGUGCAGCGCCUUGUCGCGGUGCGAGUUGUUGUAGCAGCCCGGUACGCAGCAGGUGAAGCCCGGCAUGGCCUCGCGGGGCGGGGGGACACCCGCGGCGAGCGGGGCGAGCGGCCCCGCCGAACUACAGCUCCCACAAGGCCCGCGCGGCCUCUCGCCGCCGCCGCCGCCGCCGCCCCGGAACUACGCGGACCACAAUGCACCGCGCCACCGGCGGAACUACCCGCCCCACACUGCGCCGCGGCCCCUCCCUGCGCGCGCGCGCUCACGUCUAUGUCUCGCGAGAGGCGGCGGGACGCGGGGGGAGUCGGCCGUUACCGGGCCCGCCAUGGCCGACAGGCGGUCCCGGUCCAGGCUCAGACGCAGCGGCCACCACAACGCGCAGGCGGCGGCCCAGACUGAACUAAGUGUAGAAAAUAGGAGAAAAUCUGUCAGAAGCACCCUUGCAAAGCAGAGACUGGCAGUGUUCCCUGAUCUCAGAAAUGGCACACCACGGCUUAUGCUCAAGAGAGUCGUGCAGAACCAACCCCAGGUUUCACCACUGGCACCUCAGAUAUCUAGCCGUGAAGACACACAAGAAGUUCAUUCAGAAGUCCCAUCUAAGAGGGUUUCCAGCAUGGGGGAAUUGCAGCUGCCAGAUGUUGCUCCUGAGGGCAAAUCUAUCACUGUGUUCCACACAACAAAGAAGAGAAGGAAAUUAAGCAUUUCUGAAUUUGAGAGAGCAGCAGAGAGACGACUUCCCCAGAACCAAGCUCCAUCAACGUUGGACAGCACAAUUACGGCUCGAUCCUUUCGUAUGUCUGUGGGUUCCUUGCUGGCCCCAGACACCGUUGAAAAGAGGGGCUUGCUCCGGAGACCAAAAACCCGCAAGGCUGUUGACUUACAAGUGUUUGAAGGCAAAGUGGAACAGAACAUGCUGAACAGCAAAGGACAGAACUAUCUUGUGGACUCACAGUCUGCAUCUGGGAUUCGAACAAGCAUCCUGACAAGUGAUGCAGAAAUGAUGAUGAAUACCACGGAGCUCUUUGUUCAGUCCCAGCUGGAUGAACAGAACCAAAAUAAACUUUCUGCUCUUGAACCCCAGCUGUCAGAUUCAAAAACUUCAGCACAGAGGAGCCUGAUUUCUGAUGGAGAUCAAGAAGAAGAAAGGCUGGAGGGCCUGGUAUCCGAUGUGAGAGCAAACGAGGGAAGGACCCAAAGAGACUCCAAGAGCUCAAGCCUUCAUGAUGAGCAUGUUGACAGAAUGACUCACAUAUCUCCAGGAACCCCUCCAAAGCAGCAAGAAGAAAAGCAAGAUCAGUCCCCACAGAGCAACCCAAUGGCACAGAUUUCUUUUUCUGAAGAAGAGGUGGCUGGCACUCCAGAACAUGGUCCAGGUGCUGGAUAUUCUGAACAUUUGGAGAAGAAGAUGGCUGAAAAAGCAGAAUUGCAGAUAACUACAGCACAGGACAGCAGAGGUGAAACAGAAAUGGCUUCUUCACCAGGAGAGGAACUGGCAGAAGGCAGCGUUGGAGCCCACGGCUCUCCCGGAGCUGAACAUAAGAUUACCAAUGGCAUUGGAGCUGAAAGACUGGACAGGAACUCUCAUGCCUUUUCCUCAUUUGAUAAACCUGGAAUGAUUCCAUUAGAUGAAACUGAUGAACAAGGAGAUGAACUACAAGACCAGGCUAUCAUGCUAGAUUUGAAUAGUUCAGUGGAAGAGCCUGCUCAGGAUGAAGCUGAACAGCCUGCAAGUCGAGAGGCUUCCAUGAAGACUCCUGUGUUUGUCCGUGCUCCAGCCAAAAACCUCCUGCUGUCGACGCCACAUGUUGAAAAAGUUGCUGCUCCCAGGUCUCCCCAGCAGCUGCUGCAGCCCAAGACAGUUCCAAAGAGAUUGGGACCACCUCAGAGGAAACCACGUGAGCCUCAAGUAUCAGGGAGUUUGAUAAAGGAGAUAUUCAGACAUUUUGCUAAAAUGCCAGUGACCAAAGAGGCAUUCAAAGUUGUUGAAAAAUGCUCUGAGAGAUACUUCAAGCAGCUGAGCAGUGAUCUGGAAGCUUACACCCACCAUGCAGGGAGGAAGACAGUGGAGGCAGCCGACCUGGAAGUCCUCAUGAGGAGGCAAGGGCUGGUGACAGACAAGAUGCCUCUGAAUGUGCUGAUAGAGCGUUACCUCCCUCUGGAGUACCGGAAGCUCCUGAUUCCAAUUGCAGUGAGUGGAAAUAAAGUGAUCCCUUUCAAGUGAAGCUGCAGGGAUGGCCCCUGGGGGUGGGAAGGUGGCCUGCUCCCAGGGGCUGGCUGUGGGCUGUUCCAUGUCACUGCUCCAGGUGUUGCUUUUCACCUGGUAACAACUGCUGGAUGUUCUGAGUGAAGGCAGAUUGUGCUGUGGCCACCACACCACCCUGCUGGGUCUCACCAGCCUUUGUUACAAGUAAUUUGACUAUCCAUAUUUUUGUUUAUUACCUUUUAAUACUUGUACAAUUCUGAUAAAUAAAAUGUUACACGUGU